ACUCUCGCCGUGUAUUAACCGUUAGAUGUUGCUGAGUGCUCAUCACAGUGGCGCGCGUGCCAACUGAGGGGCGGCAUCUAGAAUGCUAACCUAGCCUCGGAGCUGCCAGCUGUCAACACAGCGUAGCUUUAGCUUCACGGCUCGAGGGCUCGUGCAGGUACCGGGACACAAGACCUCGGGGUCCGAUUUAUGUGCUGAAGGUUUGGUUAUAAUUACCACAAAGCUACGCCCUGCUGAGAAAGUUCGAGGCGGUGACGCGACAGGGCUGCAGCAGCUAGCUAACUAGCUAGCGUUACCACCCUGUGUUGGUCUCCACACGGUGACAUGUUGGCAGGUCGGCUCUGACUCUGGAGCCCAGCGGCUUCUCAGACAGAGCAACAAAUCCACUCAACAGAGACACUGACUGGAGCAGCAUCCAUGCCUUCUGUGACCAGCUCAACAGUGAUCUGGAGGGGCCUCAGCUGGCCACCAGGCUCCUGGCCCACAAGAUCCAGUCGCCACAAGAGUGGGAGGCCAUGCAAGCCCUGCUGGUUUUGGAGACGUGUAUGAAAAACUGUGGGAAAAGGUUUCACAAUGAAGUGGGCAAGUUCCGUUUCCUCAAUGAACUCAUCAAAGUAGUUUCUCCAAAGUACCUUGGCUCACGGUCACCGGAGCCAGUGAAGAAGAAGGUUUUGGAGCUGAUCUAUAGUUGGACAUUGGGAUUACCUGAUGAGACCAAAAUUACAGAUGCCUACCAGAUGCUGAAGAAACAAGGUAUCGUUAAACAAGACCCCGAACUGCCACCUGACAAACUCCUGAACCUCCCUCCACCCAGACCCAAGAAUGCCAUUUUUGAGGAUGAGGAAAAGUCAAAAAUGCUGUCACGCCUCUUAAACAGCUCACACCCUGAGGACUUGAAAGCUGCAAACAAACUCAUCAAGGAAAUGGUCCAAGAGGACCAGAGGAGAGCAGAGAAAGUGUCAAAGCGGGUGAACGCCAUUCAGGAGGUGAAGGAAAGCGUCACUCUGCUCACUCAGCUUCUGCAGGACUACGACAGCACAGCGAGCAACCAGAGCAACCUGGAACUCAUACAGGACCUUUAUCAGCGCUGUGAAAAAAUGAGACCUACACUAUUCAGACUGGCAAGUGAUACAGAGGACAAUGACGAGGCUCUGGACCUUUCUCAUUUCACAGCGGAGAUCCUGCAGGCCAACGACAGUCUAACUCAAGUCAUCAACCUGUACAAACAGCAGGUGAAGGGUGAGAUAGUGAACGGCAACAGCUCAUCGAAUGCACAGAAACAAACAGGUAGAGGAACAGCUCUCCUGGAUCUGACAGGCCUGGACACAUCUCCCCAGUCACCUCCCUCCUUUCCAGAGUUUCCCACACCGACAGACAGCCUCAACGCCCCCUCACAGGAGAUAGGAAUCAGUCUCCUUGACGAUGAGCUCAUGUCACUUGGUUUGAGUGAUGGAACGCACACCUCCAACCCUCCAUCACAGCCUGAGGACUCCACAGCCUGGGACUCCUUUCAGUCGUCUGACAGCAUAGACACAGACAUCCCAGCUGCACCCAGUCUCCUUCUGAGUCCAGACCCGCUCUCCCACUCGUUGCCCCUUUCGUCUGGCUCCACGCCUGGGAAUUCUGCCCUGGAUGAGCUGGACCUGCUGGGAAAGGCCCUGCUGCAGCAGUCCCUGCCUCCAGAGGGCCUGCAGGUCAAAUGGGACAAGCUCCAGUCUAAACCGACUCUAAGGGAUCUCCAGAGUAAGUCUGGGACCAACAUUACCCCAAAGCCCAUCCCAGCUUUUGCCUCAGAGCAGCCUGUACCUCCACUCAACUCUCAGCCAAACCUUGGAUCUACAUUGCUGAAUGUGUCCCCAACUCACCCAGAGCCUCCUUCAGCUGAAGUCAGCGUCACAGAUGUUUUUGUACCGCUGGAGUCUAUCAAACCUAGCAGUCUCUUACCGGUGACGGUGUUUGAUGGACACAGUCUGCGGGUUCUUUUUCACUUUGCUCGUGAUUCUCCUCCGUCUCGCCCUGAUGUCUUGGUGGUCAUCAUCUCCAUGCUGUCCUCGGCCCCUGUGCCCGUCACCAACAUAAACUUCCAAACUACUGCUCCAGAGUCUAUGGCAGUGAAGCUGCAGCCUCCAUCAGGAACAGAGCUCCCAGCAUUCAACCCCAUCCUCCCUCCUGCUGCUGUCACACAGAUCUUGCUGCUGGCAAACCCGAAGAAGGAGAAGGUGCAGCUGCAGUACAGAUUAACCUUCACCAUGGGAGAGCAGGAGCACAGCGAGAGCGGCAGCGUAGAACAGUUUCCUCCUUUGGAGACGCGGGGGAGCCUAUAGCAUUUAAACAUCUCCAACCCGACAGACUCUGCUCAAAUUUCGCUUUCCUCCUGAAGUAACUCACGUCUCAUGAGCCUGUUUUCCUUUAUAAUCACAUCUUCCUUUCUUUUGAUUAUUUUUUUCUCGGUUUACACUCAUGCUCAGUGUAGUGUGUGUGUAUGCUUUGCUCUGAUCUAGUUGUGUCUAGGUCUAGUCUGCGUGUGCGGCUGCUUUAAAACACAUCUGCAACCGGUUCCCCAACGUUGCUACAGUCGUGUCAUGUCGGUUCUGCUGGACCAUACCAUGAAGAAAGAGUAUGUCAGGUGUGUGUGCACAAAGUCUGUUCAAGUCCAUCCGUUCUGUUUCCCUCUGCAUGCUCCGCCACCAUGGUACUACACCUAGUUAGUCUUCUGGUGGUUUAUUGAGUGAACCUUCCUUGUCUUUCCACACAAUAGAUGCAGUUGUCCUGUGUUCUCAAAUCAGAGUUGUCUGUUAUCUGCCAUAUGUGCCUAUUUAUCAGUUCUAACAGUUUUUUUUCUUUUGCAUUUGGGUUUUUCUGUUACAUGUCAGCUAUACUCCGUCUAGUCUGAGACAGACCAGUUCAUUCUAAAUUAAAUUCUAAUAUAUUCAAAUCAUUCACUAGGGUCUACUUUUAUUUUGACAAUUAUUUUAGCUGAUGAUUUAAGUUAACAUUUUAGCAUUUGAGGUAAAACUGAUGAUAAACCUGAGCGUGUGCAGGCUGGUGAGUCUUAAACAUGUUCUACUUGUUUUGCAAUGUGUGGUGCAUGUCUGUCACGUGGAACACUUUGCUCUCAAUCACAUUCCACUGCUUUCAUUUCCAGUGCAGCGACUCUGUAAAUACCAACGAUGGCAGUUCUGUCAUGUACAGUACAUUUGACUUGUGCAAGAACGUAACACUGGUAAAUGCAAAUGGGUAAUAAAAUGUUUUCUUGGUCACCUGA